ACAUCGGCCAAAUAGACUAUAAACAAAGCGAUUGAUUGAUUUUGUAAAUACGUGUUUUAAACCACCGAUAAUACAUGAGAAAAUGUUUGGAAAACAUAUUAAAGUAUCCACUGAAGUAUAUUUACAUCAGGUAAAUAGGUGUUUUUAAUUUAAUUCUCUAGAAAUAAUAAAUCUCGCUAAAAUUGUGUAAUAUCAGUAUCAGUAUCAAAUUUGAAGAUCAAGUUGACAAAGUCGUGUCAAAGUAAAUUAGAUCUAAGAUUUAUAUAAAAAUAUAAUCGUUAACAAUUAUAAUUAUAAAUUAUAAUUCAUAUAUUAUUUAUUAAUGAAAAUUAAAAUAUUACUAAUCAAAUGUUUAGUUUAGAGGUUUUAAAUGGCUAAUCAUGGCUGGAAUCGGUGAAUUAUGCAUUGCAUUUUCACGUCCAUCCAAUUCAUCAGUGAAUGACAUUCCAUUGGUACAUCACAGGAUCAAGCAAGGUGUCAGUGUCAUGUAUAUCGUGUCAUGUGGUUGGGGUAUUUAGUUAAUUUAGUGAGGUAAAGAAUACAAUUAAAUACUAUAUGCUAUUUGAUAUAAAGUGAUAAUCAUAGAAGUAGUCAAUGACAAUGAUUUUAAAUUUAACUGAGCCAUUGAUAGCCUAAUCCUUAAACUUAAAAAAAAACUGCACAUUAAAAGAACCAACAAUUUGAGGGGAUGCUUCCAAACCCUCCCCCCCCCCCGCCUUUGACUACAAUACAGCAAAAAUAUAAAUAACUAAAAUAAAUUGUCAUUUUUAUAACAUAUUUUAAAAAGUAAAGAGUAGACACUACUGAGUAGACAUAGUAAAUCUUUCAGAAGCCUUUCAUCAAAUAAAAUUAGGGAAAUAGUGGAAGCAAUGAAAUCAACUUAAAUUAUUGAGAGCUUAUUUUAUACACAAGAUUUUUUUUCAUUCAUCAUGUAUAAUGAUGUUAGUGCUAUUUUGCGAAAAACACCUUUUUUGGAACAUAGAAACAAAAAAUCAUUUAUUGAUAAAUUAAAGUAGUUUAAAUUUAGAUAAUAAAUUGUUUAAAUAAAAUUAUUUAACAAACAACAUUAUUAUUAAGUAACAAUUAGAAAGUAAAGUAUUUGUAUAAACACUGCCAAGUCAAGAGACAACUUAUUUUUUACUGGCAUCUGUUAUGUUACUGUCUUAUUAAGCAAUGAAUGAUGAUAUUAUUGAUAUGUGCCGAAAUGAAUCCCUACAUUUUAAAUUAACAAAAAUUUUCUGGUGAGAGGCUUCAAUGAGCCGCCUGCCCAGAAUCCCUCUCCCCACAUUCACUUGAGAGCCUUCAGUGCUUCAUCCUCCAAGUCCAAUCAAAGUGACUGCAGGGGAAUGAAACUAAGAUGGGGCAAAAAGCAUUCCCCCAGAGAAGGCUUUCUGCCGACACGUUCGCUGUUUUGUUGCGUUUAUUUUGCAGGUUUAACCCUACUCUGUUUUACUCAUUUUAUUUUGUACUAACCUGAUUGCAGUCUCUCCCCUUAUUACCCCGAUAUGACAACCAGAAUGAGGGAAGGGCAUGGAGUUCAGCAAGUUGGAGGGCAGAGCUUGAGCUGGCCCUUGUUGCCAUGAUUCCUAAUUUUGGUAAUGAUAGAGAUGCACUGCCCACUUGAAUGUCUGAAAAGCCCCCCCCCCCCUUCUCGGGUGGACAAAAGAGACACCCAAUUUCUUGGCGGUUUAUUGAAUGGACAUGGGUAAAAUAAAAGAUUUGGAUGCACAGUUUUAGAUCCCAAAUGAAAAGUCAUUUAAAAUUUGAGUCUUUCAAAUGUGUAUUCUUCCAUACUACAUUUUUCCUUUCUUUGUAAUUGUAGCAAACAUCUGAAGUUGAUGAAAAGUCUUAAGACUUUGCUUGUGAAGAGCGUCAAUGAAAAUUUAUGUCUCGAAACAGUAUGGAAAAACACAAGACUCUACACUUCGAUAAACAUCAAUGCUAUAACUGUAAAAAGUGCUUUCUAUUUGCGCAUGCAUUAAAAGAACACACAAGAAACCAUUCAUGUAACAGUUUAAAGUUUCUGGCAGAAUUACCAUUGAAUAAAGAAGUCAAUUUAAAGUCUAGAUCAGUUCAGACGUCUGACACUUUGGAGCCACAGUGUGACCAAGUUUUGACUAAUGGCGUCAAUGCACUAGAUAAAAACUGUGUUUUAACUAGGGGUUCUAAUAGGAAAAAUAUCUUUGAAAUGUUAUCUAGUGUUGUAAAUCCUGAAGAAAAUUGUUCAGACUUUGAAGAUCAUAUAAGUUUAGAACAUCUGAAAAAAUGUAUCUCCUCACCAAAAACAAUAAACAGAGCCCAUAAUAAGAACCGAGAACAUAAAACAGGAACAAAGUCUAGUAAAACAAAUCAUUCUCCAGAUGAACUUCUGGCAUACUCUAUAAAUCAGAAUGAUAUGGUUAAAAAUUAUAGCAAGUCAACUCAAUCUUUGUUAAAAUUAAAAGAGAAGCUAACAAAACAGAAAAGUUCACAAAUAAAGAAGAAGUUGAAACUCAAAAUAAUCAAAAGUCAAAAAACCCAAUUGCAGAAAAAAAAAGUUAGCAAGAAGGCUGGUCAAGCUUUUAUCAAUGGAGAUACCUUUACAAGUGAUAAGAAGAAAAGCUUAACUGAACAUGCAGGAGAGCUGGCCCAGCAUUGUGAGUCACCUCUAGUCGUUAGAGGCACCAUUAAAAGAACUAGGAAAAAACAAUAUAUAAACUCAUCAUGUAGUAGCAGUAAGGUCUUGGAGAAUAAUUCACAGAUGAGAAAUACAAUCAGUUCAGACACUGAGUCUGCCACUUCUGAUCUAGAUUCAGACUAUGACAAAUCCAAUGACAAAAUUCCUCCUCAACUCAUUUAUAUUAAUGGAAGGACUUAUUUUAAUGAUCAGAAUCCAUUUGUAAAGAAGAAAAUUCCACAGGGCAAGUUGAGUGGUUCUCCCUUCUCUCAAAAUAGCGCUGAAUUUACAAAAGUUUCAACUAGACCUCAAGCUGAGAAAGCUGGUAAAGCAUCACAUUUAGAUUUCUCUGGUUGUCACCUGUGUAAUAUCCAUUGUGAAGAUAAGACAGAAUCGCAAACAAACCUGAAACUACUCAAGGAACAUGUACCUUAUAGUUAUAUUUGUUUCAUUUGUGGCAAUUCUUUCCUCUUCAAGGACUCUCUAAAACCUCACAUGGAAACUUGCCAUCAAAUUUGCUCUUCACAAGAUAAUUUGUCAAAAGAGAAUGCCCCACAAAUAUGUAAGAAACACCAACAGAUAAUUGAAAUUAUAGACCUUGCUCUUCGCUCUAUGCUUGAUCCCUUUCAAAAUAAAAUUGAUGCACUCAAUGGAAAGAGAAAAAUCCUUGACAGUAACAGGGAGAAGGUAGUCAGAUGCAGUCCUGAUACAUGCAUAAUAGUUGAAGAUGAGGAUACAGAACCCCAUUGUGAUCUUACUGAUUUGGAGACCUCAUACGUUGACCUUCUAAAGCCUUAUAUGAGGAUUUACAGUGACACUGAGCUGCUUGCACUCUCUACUAAUGACUUUUAGACCACAAUAAUUGUAAAAUAUCAGGUCAUCAUUUUCACCUUUUGUCUACUCUAAUUGGAGGCAAAUCAGGAUAAACAAUAGGUUUUUAAAAUGUUUUUUUUAAAAAUACAUUUGUUGAAAAAAUACAUUUAUGUUCUUUGAAAUAAAGUAAUCAAUAACAUUUGCCCUUCUAUUCACCGAACUA